AGUCUCAGGGACGGAGGAGGGGCGCCAAGGCCCCAUGUGUGGGAGGAUUGCUUCAGCUCCACAAACUUGCACGGAUUUUGAUUACUUCUUUGGCCAAUGGGUCUGCGCUGAUUUCUUUCGAAUUGUUGCAAAUUCGCCAUUGUUCCCUGACUGCUUACGAAGUUGGAUCCGGAAUUUCUUUUCGACCGGGAGCCAUUGGUGUCGAGGUGUCUGCAAUGAACCCCGUGAAUGCUACUGCUCUCUACAUUUCCGCGAGCCGCCUAGUGCUCAACUACGACCCCGGAGACCCCAAGGCGUUUACUGAGAUUAACAGGCUCUUGCCUUACUUCCGACAGUCCCUCUCGUGCUGUGUUUGCGGACAUUUGCUACAAGAUCCCAUUGCACCUACCAACUCAACCUGCCAACACUAUGUCUGCAAAACUUGUAAAGGCAAGAAAAUGAUGAUGAAACCUUCAUGUAGCUGGUGCAAAGACUAUGAGCAGUUUGAGGAAAAUAAGCAGUUAAGCAUCCUAGUGAACUGCUACAAAAAACUAUGCGAAUAUAUAACACAGACUACUUUGGCACGGGAUAUAAUAGAAGCAGUUGAUUGUUCUUCUGAUAUUUUGGCUUUGCUUAAUGAUGGAUCAGUGUUUUGUGAGGAGACAGAAAAACCCUCAGAUUCAUCCUUUACUUUGUGUUUGACGCAUUCCCCUUUACCUUCAACCUCAGAACCCACAGCGGAUCCUCAAGCUAGUUUAUCUCCAAUGUCUGAAAGCACUCUCAGCAUUGCCAUCGGCAGUUCUGUUAUCAAUGGGUUGCCCACUUAUAAUGGGCUUUCAAUAGAUCGAUUUGGUAUAAAUAUUCCUUCACCAGAACAUUCAAGUACCAUUGAUGUAUGUAACACUGUUGACAUAAAAACUGAGGAUCUGUCUGACAGCCUGCCACCUGUCUGUGACACAGUAGCCACUGACUUAUGCUCCACAGGCAUUGAUAUUUGCAGUUUCAGUGAAGAUAUUAAACCUGGUGACUCUCUAUUACUGAGUGUUGAGGAAGUACUCCGCAGCUUAGAAACUGUUUCAAAUACAGAGGUUUGUUGCCCUAAUUUGCAGCCGAACUUGGAAGCCACUGUAUCCAAUGGACCUUUUCUGCAGCUUUCUUCCCAGUCUCUUAGCCAUAAUGUUUUUAUGUCCACCAGUCCUGCACUUCAUGGGUUAUCAUGUACAGCAGCAACUCCGAAGGUAGCAAAAUUGAAUAGAAAACGAUCCAGAUCAGAAAGUGACAGUGAGAAAGUUCAGCCACUUCCAAUUUCUACCAUUAUUCGAGGCCCAACAUUGGGGGCAUCUGCUCCUGUGACAGUGAAACGGGAAAGCAAAAUUUCUCUUCAACCUAUAGCAACUGUUCCCAAUGGAGGCACGACGCCCAAAAUCAGCAAAACUGUACUUUUAUCUACUAAAAGCAUGAAAAAAAGUCAUGAACAUGGAUCCAAGAAAUCUCACUCUAAAACCAAGCCAGGUAUUCUAAAAAAAGACAAAGCAGUAAAGGAAAAGAUACCUAGUCAUCAUUUUAUGCCAGGAAGUCCCACCAAGACCGUGUACAAAAAACCCCAGGAAAAGAAAGGGUGUAAAUGUGGGCGUGCUACUCAAAAUCCAAGUGUUCUUACAUGCCGAGGCCAACGCUGCCCUUGCUACUCUAACCGCAAAGCCUGCCUAGAUUGUAUAUGUCGUGGCUGCCAAAACUCCUAUAUGGCCAAUGGGGAGAAGAAGCUGGAGGCAUUUGCUGUGCCAGAAAAGGCCUUGGAGCAGACCAGGCUCACUUUGGGCAUUAAUGUGACUAGCAUUGCUGUGCGUAACGCUAGUACCAGCACCAGUGUAAUUAAUGUCACAGGGUCCCCAGUAACGACGUUUUUAGCUGCCAGUACACGUGAUGAUAAAAGUUUGGAUGAAGCUAUAGACAUGAGAUUCGACUGUUAAAUCAGUGGGUCUUUUAAACCUACCCUUGGUAGGGAAAUAGCUACAGUUUAAGGGCAGCUAUGGUUCUGUUGGUUUAACUUGCCGGAGCUCCUGCAUAUAGAUCACUUGUAUCAAGUGUUUUCAUUGCUAAGUUAUAUGUGUUAGUGUCGGGGAAAUAGUUUGCAGAUAAUGGAGGAGUAACCCUACAACUAUAUGUCCUUAGUUCUUACAGAACCUCAUAGUUUGAGAACAAAUGCUGAUGCAACUGAUUUAUAUAAAAUGAACUUUGGCAAGGAAAAUAACAUUAACCUCAUUGUUUAUGGUCAUGCUUUGUGCAUAAUCAAAGUUUAUGAUUAAAUGUAAGGAAGUGGUAUCUAGUCAGUCCAUAAAGAUUGUGCUAAUUUUUUGUGGAAAAGUAGCCAUUAGUUUGUUCAGGAAACUCAGUGCUGCUUUCAGAUGCCAUUGAUGUUUCUCCUGUUGAAUAGCUGAUGUGUCCAGCUCAACCUUUGUGCUGAUGUAAUACCAUUUCUGAUCAUGAAAAUUGGCUACCGGUGUAUGUAGCAGUUCUUAAAUCAGCAGUAUUAUGAAAGAAAAUUUCCCCCUCAUUAGAAUGUUUCAGAAAUCUGUUUUUAAAAAAAAAUAAAUUCUGUCAGACGGCAAAUAUUUAGCUGUUCAUGCUGUAAAACUCUUCUGAGUUGAGCCCCCUUUUUUAGUUUAGUCUGACUCAUUUCUAGGGAAAAAAAUAUAAAUCCUUCCUUCACUUUGAGCAAUGUUCUGAUUGGAUAAAUGAAGUGGAGAAGAGCAGUUUUAUUCUGAAGGUAAUUGAAUUUAGACUAUAUAGUAUGUGACAGAGUUUUUAAAAAAUUAUAAAAAUAUUUUAUUUAGAAAUUGGGAUUUAUUUAAAAUAAUUUUGGAAUAAUGCCCCCAAACUUAACUAGAUUUAUACAUUAUACUUUACUGCCACUGGCCACUUCUUUGAUUUUUGUUUACUCUAAUAGUUUAUUUGCCACAGACGUUAUUUUGAAUAUGCUCCUAUUUUCUUUUUAGGGUGCUAUUCAUUAUGAAGGCCUCUUUAUUGAGGCCUUAAAAAUGCCUUUUUUGAAGCCUGUGCAUUUAGGUAGUUUGAAGUUAGGAGGAUUUUCUUUAGAAUGCUCUUUUGCAUGUAAAGCACAAAACUAUUUUUCAAUUUAAAUGCACUUCUUCCCUUUUAAUUUUUAUGAGGGAAGAGAAGUGAGUCACAAACAUUCUGUUGAAGGGAAAUCUAGUCAGUUGCUUGAAAGAGCACAGCCCAAAUAAACCAAGAACUGACUAGGUAUAAAGAAAUAACCUUAUGAUUUAAAAGAAGAGCUGCUGCUUUGACAGUACUUAUUUAAGGAAAUACUGCUGGAAAAUUUCCAAUUUCUACUACGUUCGCCAUCUCUAGUCAGAUCUGACAUAUGUUGAAGUUAUGUUUUGAUUUGGCACACAGCAUGUUCAAUGAUGGUUACUCACUUAGUACAAGACAUGGAGAAGAAACCCCUUGGACACAGAGCAGAUGACACCUCCUUCUGUUUUGUAGUGUAUCCUGGUGUCAUUUUCUGUGAAUGUGGUCAGGUAGAGUUGUUUUUGUUGUUGUUGUUGGGCUUUUUUUUUUUUUUUUUUUUGGUCUCUUUUGGUGGGGUGGGGGUGGGCUAAAGCCAUAGGAAGAAAAAUGUGAUGUAUGUGUCCAGUAUGUACUAUUUUGUUUUUGUUUUGCAAGAAGAGUUGAACUAUUUUUGAUAACAAGAGUAAAUGGUGGAAAAUG